AUGUAUAAUGAGAUAGAAGGAAAUUACGAUGAAGUCGCCAUUAGUACAUUCAAGAGGGGCUUGCCGACAGAGCACGGCAUAAGAAAGUCCCUCACUGGGAAGCCAGUCACCAGCGUGCGCCAACUCAUGGACAGAAUUGACAAGUACAAAAGGGUUGAGGAAGACCAGCAAACGGGGAAGGGCAAAGCUAAGGUUGUCCCUCAGGAGAGGAGGGACUUCAGGUCGGACCGCAUUAUCAACAGUAAUAGGCCGAGGAGAGAUUACUCGAAACAAUCUGGUUCCACUGGGGCACCAACGGUCCAUGCUGUGUUCCGAGAACCACUACACAAGAUCCUAGAGAAGGAAUCUGAAAAACCAUUUCGACCGGCUUGUCCGAGAAGGGAAGUUGAGGCAUCUAUUGCAUCGCCCGAAGGAUGGCAGGAACAGUCAAAUAUCGAAACUAGACAAAGUACAUUGAGGCCACCUAUUGGCACAAUAAAUGUCAUUCUUGCCGCACCUGGAAGGACCGGUUCCAGCCCUUUCAGGGUAAUGUCAGUGGGCAGGUUCCCGACUGAGCCGGACGACAGGGAAUCCAAGAGAGCCAGAGUAAUUGCCACGCCCUUAAUCAGGUUUUCGGAUGAGGACAAACAAGGAACCCUUCAACCCCACGAUGAUGCCCUAAUCGUCACGCUCAGAAUUGGAGGUUAUGACGUGAAAAGAGUGCUGGUUGAUCAAGGCAGCGCCGUGGAAGUAAUGUAUCCUAACUUGUAUAAAGGAUUGAACUUGAAGCCAGAGGACCUGUCGCCAUACGACUCCCCUUUGGUCAGUUUUGAAGGAAAAACCGUCACCCCGAAAGGCAUGAUUAGGCUGCCUAUACAAACAAAUUUAGACGUGGUGGAGGUGAACUUCAUUGUGGUAGAUGCGUACUCCUCCUACACAGCUAUCGUGGCCCGACCAUAG